AUGUGUUUUGUUUUUUCAACAAAAAAAAAAAAACCAAUCUUACAAAAAAUUUGAAAAUUCAACUUUUCCCUCUCUCAACGAACACUAUGAAAAUCGCAUUUGAAAAUCACUUUUGAAGCAGAAAUUGAAAAUCACGUUUGAAGCUUGAAGCAGAAAUCAAAAUGGAGAAGAAUCUUCGUUCAUCUCUUCAAUCUUCACCACAAGAAUUCAUCACUUCAGCCACAAAACUAACCCUAAAAUCUUCAAAAUCCAUUCUCAAAACCCUAAUCCAUUCAAUUAAACCCUCUUCGGAUCUCAUUUCUUCUCUCCCUAAAUCCCUCAACUAUUCCAUCGACACCACCAUCGAAUCCUUCAUGAAUCUUCUAAAUUCAGAUUCCGAAAACCCUAAAACCCCUCCGACCAUCACCCUCCGUCGUUCUUCCCGCAAAAACAAAACCGAAACCAAACCCCAACCCGACAAAAAACACAAACUUCUUGAACGUCUUCAAAUUCUAUCUCACAUUUCGUUUUUGUGCUUUUCGCAUCCGAGAAAAGUUUUUGAUUCCUCUGAUUUGCUCCCCGGAGUUGAGAAAUUGCAUGAUCAUUUAAAAUGGUUGGAAUCGGAUUCGGUUUUGUGUUCGGGGAUUGUAACAAUUUGUGAAGAAUGGUGGAAGGAGGAUUUACCGGGGCGCGAACACUUGAUUCCUCAAACAGUUUCUUUUCUUCUCGCGAGAUCGUUGGAUUUAUUGAAGAAAGUGUAUGUGCACAGGGUUUACAUGCUUCGUGAAGCGUUUAAUUUGUUUAAUUUUGAAGAUGAGAGUGCUGAGGAUUUAAGGUUGUUGUUAUUUCGGUGUGUGAUUUCGCCAUUGUAUUUGAAAACAGAAGAUGGAAGAAAGUUUCUGUCGUCUCUAUUUCGGUUGAAUGAUCAACUUGAGAAGGAAUUGUUGGCGAUGAUUCGUUCGCAGAUUGCAUUUGGAAAGAAAUCUAUAUUGGAGGCUUUUGGGGACAUAUUGUUUCGAGCAUGGAAAGCUUCACCGGAAGAUUCAAGGAGUGGAAUUGAAAAUGGGUUCAUGCAGGAUUUAAUUGAGGGUUCCAUUCAUGCAAGUUCUGGAGCUUUUGCUUCGCGUAUUAGAACGGUUUUGGGAGCUUUUAUUAACCAGAGAACCGUUGAUGGGGUUGAGAAACUACUCUAUCGACUUGCUGAGCCUGUCAUAUUUAGGUCUCUACAGGCUGCAAACUCGAAUGUUCGUCAGAAUGCUUUGCAUCUGCUUUUGGACAUAUUCCCCCUUGAAGAUCCUGAUGCCACAAAAGAGGAUAAGGAUACAUUGCUUGGUAAGCAGUUCUUUUUGUUAGAAAGGUUGCUUGUUGAUGAUUGUCCAGAAGUGAGAACAAUUGCUAUUGAGGGUUCUUGUCGUGUCCUUCAUCUAUUUUGGGAAGUUAUUCCGUCGCCAAUUAUAACAAAGAUGCUUACAAAAAUAAUUGGUGACAUGUCCCAUGAUGCAUGCAACGAGGUUAGGCUUUCUACGUUGAAUGGCAUCAUUUAUUUGCUUGACAAUCCUCACUCUCAUGAAGUCCUUAAGGUUCUCUGUCCAAGACUGGGACACUUGAUGCAGGAUAAUGUCCUCACAGUACAAGUUGCUGUGGCAGAUCUCUUGCUCCGUCUAAACGAUGUCAGAAAUUUUCAGUUUAACAAGGUGGUGAAUCUUGAUUUGCUUUUGUCUGUGCUUGCUAGUGAUCAACCACAUGUAGCUCAGAAGAUAACAAAACUGCUUAUACCUUCAUAUUUUCCCUCAACAGUGCCCAUUGAGGAGGCAUGUAAACGCUGCAUUAGACUUGUAAAAAGGGCUCCAAUGGCUGGUGCAAUAUUUUGCAAGUAUGCCGUCUUGGAAGGAGCAUCUAAAACUCAUCUUAUGGAGCUGGUAAAAGUAUUCCUGAGUUUAGUGUUGUCACCAGAUCAACUGGAUGCUGGUCAGAUAGAGGGUUUUCUUGUUGCUGCUAGCUUCCUUUGUGAUAUCUUGGCCUGUGAACCAUGCUAUAUGAAUGCCCUCAAAGAGUUACUUGCUGCAGAGAAAGUGGAGGGCUUACUGACUGGGGCAUCUACCGAACAAGCUCAAUCAUCUUUAUUCAACAUUUUCUCCACCGUCUGUCCAGAUAGUGUUGCAGGACUUCUUGAAGAGUGCAUGACUGUUGUCACUAACUGCCAUGGUUUACCUGAAGAUGUUGAUCGCCAAUCUAAAAUAAGGUCUGCACAUAAGUUGUUGCUUUCUUUGGGAGGUUUCGAUGACAUGUUUGAAACCUUAACAACUAUACUGCAUAAGGCUGCCUAUCGUAGUCACAUUAAAUUUGGAGCAGACAUGCCAUCACAUAGCCUUACAGCUACGAAAAUGAAAAAAUCAAAAUCCUCUGGAAAAUUUUCAAUUACAUCAAAGAUAAUUAACAGAAAGAAAUCUUUUGAAGAUGAUUAUUUAGUAGCAGUAGGAGUAGCAUGGCAAGUUAGAGAUUUGCUUCAGCAUGAGGAUACCAGGAAAGCUAUAUUUAGAUCACAACCUUUAGAAAUAUUGUUUUUUUCCCUUAAGAUGGUAUCUGAGGUCAGCAUUGUGCAUUGUGGGCAGUAUGAAUACAUAGACAUAUCUCCUGUUUUGGCAUAUAUGGCCCUUGCUGUGCAAAUGACGGUCGAUAAUGUUGGCACAAGUAGUCAAAAGAAGGGCGAUUCAAAGAGGAAGAAACAUAAGAUCGAUUCUUCUACAUUACUUUCAGAGACUGUACUGGAACUGACAAUUGAGCAUGUGUUCAACUGCUUAGAAAAACUUUUUGGAUUGGAUGACACUGUACAAAAUCGCAGUGUGGAUUCGCGUAACUUGAGGUCAACAACAGGGAAAAAAAAUUCCAGAAAAAGGCAAAGGUUAUCUCUGACAAAUGCUGGCUGCCCGAGUAAUGGAGGAUCUGUACAAAAUAAACUUCAACACGUACUUUGCAAGGUGAAGAUGCUUACUGCUGUUCUCAAGUUCAUGGCUGAUACCACGGCAAUGUGUUUUUCUCCUCACAACAAUGGAUUAUUCUUGAAUUAUACAUCAAAAUGCAUACAACAUAUCUUGUCCUCAUUGAACCAGCUGUGUCAUAAUAAAACUCAAUUCGAGGAAGAGGAUAAAAAGAACACUAUAUUUUGCCUGAAAAGCUCUUUCACCUAUGCUGCAAAAAUACUCAAUGUGACACUACCUGAUUCUGGUGAAUCCUCCAUAAUGACGUCAAAAGCCUUUACUCUUGCCAAUAACCUGCUUGAUUUAAUUGUUUCAAUCGAAUCAUGUUUGGGCUCUGCAUAUGCGUCACGUCUUGUUGCAGCAGCAAGGCCUUGGCUGCCUGAUGUGGUCUUGGCAUUGGGAUCUCCAAGUGUUCUACAACAGACUGACAGCGGAAGCGAACAUUCAACUGCGUCUGAACAAAUUAAGUUAAAUUUUCCAAAAUGGCCCUUGGUUGUAGCCAAAACUGUGCUGCUCUCUGCUGUGAAUGAAGAUGAAGGAGAUCAUGAAUGUUCUCAACCAGAUAAAUACUCAGCAUUCAAUAAACUUCUGGCCAUGCUCAUUAUAUUACUUAAAAAGAAUCGAAGUAUAAUGGAUGCAAUUGGGGAUAUUUUCCUGGUUUGUUCACUUGUUGGACUCGAACAAAAGGACUUUGAACUGGCAUUAGGACUCUUGCAGUUUGUACGUUCCAAGUUGUUUAACCAUGAUGACAGGGAUUGGGGUGACAUGAUGCUGUCUACUCUGCAAGAAAUCUAUCAUAAGAUCGAGAGGGGAGUUACAGAACCUAGAAACGAUGAUGAACUGGAGAAAUUAAAUCAUGCAAAGAAUUUGAUUGAGCCUCUUUGGACGUAUCAUGGAUGGGAAAGUGAAAAGGUCAACAUGACUGAUGACUAGAAUUAGUUUUGUUUUUUGUUUGUAAUGUCUCUUUGUAGGAAUUUGAGAAUAUAAUCUAUGAAGACUGUUAGAAACCUCAUGUAUAUAUACUUUAUGUUUUAUUACAAUGCAACUGAAAAUGUGAUUUGGUUUGCCAAUAAAUUACCAUUUCUUUUUCUGUGCAGAAAAGUUACCAGAGUUUUUGCUCAUGCUUAUAAGUUUUAUGGUGAUUGAUACCCAAUAAAUUUCACGAGUGAAUAAACUACUGGAGGAAUUAGGA